AACCCUUUCGUUGUUGUUCUUCGUACGACGUGUCGUCUUUUGAAUUGUCCGUUCUUUUAAUCUCAUCGGUGAGAAUAUGCAGACGAUGAUCGCCACUCUUCGUAGCCAUGAACGAAGAUGACCCAAAGUUUCAGAGCUUCAAAUGCUAAGGAAUUUCUCUCUUUUCUAAUUUGAUUUCCAUCUGAAAUCCUUUGGAAUUGAGUUUGUUGUAACUAAUUUUUUGUUUGUGGUUGAUAAGAUCGAUAGGACUUCAAACUUUAACCUUAUCCGAUCGUUUUCUCUGCGUUUUUUUAUGCUUCGACUUUGAUUGGUGGUUUUCUUGAGUUUUUUAUUUGUUGUCGUUGAAUUGGAAUAUUGUUGAAGAUGUUCUGGUUUGGAUCCGGUGGAUUUGCUGCAUGAAUUGGACGGAGGGUUUGGGUGCGGAUCGAGCGCUUAGAGAGUAGAGGAAGCUGAGCAGCGGCGCUGAAACAUGUCUGCCAUCGUGUGCGGGAAGAGAUCCUUAUUUGAAGACCUGCCUACGCCUCCCGUCUCUAAGAGAAUUCGUUGUUCGUCUUCUUCGCCUGUGAGGUUUUCGCCUCCAAGAUCAUCGAAUCAGUCUGUUUCUCCGUUUCCCCAGACGUCUUCCUCACAAUCGGCUCAUUUAGUCGAUUAUCUCAGAGCAAUUUUUCCUGAUAUGGAUAAGCAGCUUCUCGAGAGGGCACUUGAAGAAUGUGGUGAUGAUCUAGAUUUAGCCAUUAGAAGCUUGAACCAGCUUCAUUUAGGGUAUAAUGACAGAAACUUGGGAAGUGCUUCGAACACCUCCGAUGUAGCUUUGGAAGCAAAUAUUCAACCUCAAUCCCAAGAAACACAAGGAGAAGCUGCAAUUGCUGAGGAUGCAACAGCUUCUGAAAAUCUUCCCACAAAUGGGGCAGAAUGGGUGGAUCUCUUUGUGAGUGAAAUGACAAGUGCCUCAAACAUGGAUGAUGCACGAAGCCGUGCUUCGAGAGUUCUCGAGGUUCUGGAAAAGUCCAUCUGUGCCCGUGCAAAUGCAGAAGCAGCAAAUAAUUUUCACCAGGAAAACAAGAUGCUUAGGGAACAAGUAGAAGCACUUAUUCAGGAAAACACUAUUCUCAAACGAGCAGUCUCUAUCCAGCACGAACGUCAGAAAGAAUAUGAAGGCAGGAACCAGGAGUUGCAACAUCUUAAAGAAUUAGUCUCUCAAUACCAAGAGCAGUUGAAAACCCUUGAGGUGAAUAACUAUGCACUUACAGUACAUCUCAAACAAGCUCAACAAAGCAGCUCCAUUCCAGGGCGUUUCCACCCUGAUGUUUUCUAAUCCAGAAUCGCUACUUCGAAACUGCGGUAAACUCGAUCCAAACAAGACUUCUAUCCUAUCAAAAUAGUAAGGUGAUCAACCUGAACUUCCAUCAGUAGCAUGUUUGUGGGUUCCCUUUUUUUUUUUUUUUUUUUUUUUUUUUUGUUUAAUCUAGAAGGUAUAAAAGAAUCAAGGCAUCUACUUUUCCAUCCGUCAGUACAGGGAUUAAUUCCUUUUUCUCUUCAUUGUUGUUUUUGUCCUGCCAUUGGACCAAAUUUGAUUCUAAUAGAUAUCUUUUCUGUCUUUUCAUUUGAUUAUAGUUCGAAGCCUGAUUGGAAUACAGAGAAUAACACUUCGAAUGAAAAAGUUUCACUACUUUCUUUCA